AUGCAGGAAAACAGCGUCACGGCGGUUCCGGUGUCGGCGGUGACGGCAUCCGGUCUGGGUGCGAUCAACAGCAGCAACAGCAACAACAGCAGCACCAGCAGCAGCAGCACCAGUGGCACCGGCGGCAUGGUCGGCAGCACAGUCAACAGCGGCAACAACAAUGGCACCAACGGCAGCACCAGUGGCCCUGGCAGUGGGCCAAUUUCGGCCUCGACGGGCUCUGGCAGCUCGACGAUCUCACCACAUGGCCUCAGCGACAUCGAUCAGGCACAGUUUGAGGCGGACAAACGGGCGGUCUACAAACAUCCACUGUUUUCCCUGCUGGCGUUGCUGCUGGAAAAAUGUGAACAGGCCACGCAAGGCUACAUACCAUCUUCGUCUUCCGCCUCGAGUCCAAACGGAUCCUCCAACAAUGGCACCAGCGAUGGGGACAGCUUCUCCCGAGAUAUUCAGGCCUUCGUGCAGCUGCUGGAGAAAGAAAAGCGUCCACUGCUGACCAACAACAGCGAGCUGGACGGGCUGAUGAUAAAGGCACUGCAAGUGCUGCGAAUACACCUGCUCGAGCUGGAAAAGGUGCAGGAGCUGUGCCGGGACUUUUGCACGCGCUACAUUGCCUGCCUUCGGAGUAAGAUGCAGUCGGAGAACCUGCUUCGGUCAGACUACGCGCUGGAGCACAAUAACAACCUCUCGAAUUCGAACAGUCCCAUCAACAGCCCCGAGCAGGACCUUUCCGGAAGCGCACAAGGUUACUACCAGAGUACGGACUAUCUGCAGGGCAGUGACACCAGCGAGUACAGCAAUAUGCAAGCUAAGGGAGGCUUAUUGAGCAACUCCUACGGUACUGGGAUACAGACAACCAACUCUCAGCAUCCGGUGCGUCCUCUCCAUCACCAUCAAGUGCCAGCGACUGCUAUGGAAGCAAUAUCAGCGGACCUGCAGCAAUCGCUCUCACCCAACAAUAUUGCCACUGUGCCUGAAACCACCACGGCCAUGCAAGACACCUCGCUUGCGAUGAGUUCCUUAGCCGGUGGCCUUACUGCUGGACUGUCCGCCCUAUCGUCCGGGUUGUCGGUGGUGCAUGAUGGUACGGCGAAUUUGCUGCCCUCAGACUUAACUGUGGCCGCCGCCAGCAUGGCCAUGGCAUUCCAGCAGCAGCAACAGCAGCAACACCAGCAACAUCACGUGUACCAGCACCUUUCCGGAGGUAUGCUUCCCAAUGCCGGGACGAUGCCUGGCAAUGCGCUCGGUUGUCCACCGACAAUUGCACUAACCUCUCCGCUCGACAUCUACGCCGGUCAACUGUCACCGUGCGGAAGUUCCGACGAGCUUGAUUCCGAGCUCGAUUCGCCCGGGGAUGGUGAUUCGGGUUCCGGCAAGCGCCAAAAGCGUGGCAUCCUGCCCAAGCAUGCGACCAGCGUUAUGCGGGCGUGGUUAUUCCAACACCUAGUCCAUCCCUAUCCUACUGAGGAUGAGAAGCGAGCAAUAGCAGCACAAACCAAUCUCACGUUAUUGCAAGUAAACAAUUGGUUUAUUAAUGCUCGCCGGCGCAUUUUGCUGCCGAUGCUGGAGAAUGCCUCCGACAACUCUGGGGAAUAA